UUGUUCGAAGGAGGGGGUUCAUGUUUUCGCAGGCGGAGCUCCGUCCUCGCGCACCAUUGGAAUUCACUGUCUGUUUUCUUCAAAUUGCUCCAGAAUCCAGAUUGCAGCGAAGAGAAGGCUAGCGUUGUGAGCAAGCAGAUGUGAGCUGGACUACACAUCAGCGAAGAUCCAGCUGUAAAAUAGCCAGAAACAAGCGAUUGUAGUAAUAUGUGGCAGCCUGCGACAGAGCGUUUGCAGCACUUCCAAACAAUGCUGAAGACCAAACUCACCGUUCUGACCUUGAAGAAGGAGCCCUUGCCAACGGUGAUUUUCCAUGAGCCAGAGGCCAUAGAGCUGUGCUCCACCACGCCGCUGGUGAAGAACAAGGCCCACCCAGGCUACAAGGUGACGUACCUGGGCAAGGUGACGAUCACGGGCUCCCAGUUCCUGUCGGGCUGCACCGAAUCGGCCGUGAGCGGGCUCUGUCAGCACCAGGGCGACGCCCCGCCCUCCAACGCCAUCCUGGAGAUCCGCCCCUUCCAGGUGAGGCUGCACCACCUGGACGGGCACGGCGAAGCCACCGUGGCCAUGGAUACCUACCAGGUGGCGCGCAUCGCCUACUGCACGGCCGACCACCAGGUCAGCCCCAACGUCUUCGCCUGGAUCUACCGCGAGAUCAACGACGACCUGACCUUCCAGAUGGACUGCCACGCCGUGCGGUGCGAGGGCAAGCUGGAGGCCAAGCGGCUGGCCCACUCCAUGAUGGAGGCCUUCCGCAAGACCUUCCACAGCAUGCGCAGCGACGGCCGCAUCCACAAGAGCUGCUCCUCCGACGAGUUCCCCGAAGACUCCUCCACCCCCGACGACGGCUGAGCCCCGCGCCCCGCCCCGCCCCGGAGCCCCCGCGGGGACCCCCGGAAGAACUCUCUGGAACGACCCGGAAACAGAUCCCGACUGACCGACACAGGAAAAAAAACAAUGACUGACCGACACAGAACAGUGAUAACAGGUGAUAGAAGGAUAUGGGGGGGGGGGUGGUUGUGGGGGAAAGUUUAUGUCAUUUUAAAAAACCCAUAAAAACACCUUGUAUAAACGGGACAAACGAACGGAAAUCAUUCUCUCGGCCGCUAUGGUAACUAGCCACCCCGCAUCCUCACGGCCAGUCGAGCGCUUGUAGAUACGUCUCAUUAAGACAUCCGUUUGUUCAGACUAUUUACACUCAUGCUCAAUUCUGCCAGCCCCCUCCUGCACUAUGAGAAAAUGAUUUUUUUAACUAACAACCCUCCUCUAAGCCUUUCUCCCCGCUCCUCUUUGUCCAGUGAUCCAUGGACCCUGUCCCCCUCCCCUUACUGAUAAUUGAAGACAUUCAGCCGACGGGAAACUCCGAAGACUUUGCUGUACGUGUGGUUCAUGUAGUCCCCUCCUGCCUUUCAUCACUUACUGGUUUCUUCUCUCAGAACAUGUGGCUCACAGUCUGCAUGCCUGCUGUCAGUGAGGUUGGGUGUUCCAGUAUCAGUCUGGAUGGAUUUUUAUCUCUUUAUUCUCAUACUGUUCCCAGCCAGGCUGACACAUGCCAUAUCCGAUCCUAUAUUUGAAGAUGUUUUUGAUUGACCAAAUGUAACGGAGGCCUUAGCUGGACUCCUCCCACUCCCCCGGCCCCUCCCUCCUCUCUCUGAGCUGGUCUCCUCAUUCCAGACGGAUGUCCUGAUAGCCACGCCUCCUCCAUGCACACGGCUUACGCGUAACCUUCUUACAGCAUUGCAGGAACGUUGUGAGAACGCUACGCUAACCUUUACAGGGACCAGGCCCAAAGGGACAUGGUUUAGAUGCCAGGGGAGAGGGUGCAGAGACACGUUGGCACUUUUACUGGAGUCUGAAGGUGAGGGGGACCGACGUUCCUCUUGUGCUGCUUUCCUUUUUUAAAUCAAGCUGUGGCAAUCGGGGUGGGGAGGGGGGGCAUUACGAGCUUGUUUCUGUGGCCGGAGCUGAAGGACUAAAGGGGAUGAGAGAGGGAGGGUCAGAGAGAGACCCCACGGCUGCCUUGUGCUCUGUAUGCUGUACGAUUGUGUGUUGUGCUCUCUUCGGUUUUUUGGUACCUGUCUCUUCUGUUGAUUUGUGUUUUUGUACAUUUCAGCAGCAGGUCUAAUGGAAUCUGUCAUAGAAGAGUGACUCUGGACAGAGAUAUAAAGGGACCGUUUGUCUUGUUAAUUUGCUAUCAAGUUUGCGAGUUGUGUCUUUGAUACUCGGUUUGUCUGGGCCGCCUGCUGGCCGAAAGGCUGACAGGAAUGAGUCAGUUUGUCUGAGAGCAAGAAUUUAUCAACAUUUCCAGUGACCGUUAUGAAUAGGCCACAGGUUAACGGAACAGGAACAAUCUGAUACAUUUCCUGUGAUCUAAGCUGAAUAUAGAGGGCACAGGUCAGUAUAUAUUUCUAAGUCAUUCGAUAAGCUUGUGUAAAUACAAAUGUAUCGGUUUCCAAAUAUUACAAUAUAAAUGUUUAUAGCUAUUUUGAAUAAACAACAAGCAACAAACCAGUGUUUAAUCGCCAGCUGUGAAUAUGUAGAAAAAUCCUGUAGUGCUGGAAAUUCAAGUUGAAGCCUUAGCUGUAUGUGGGAGUAAAAGCCUAAAGAAGGAAUGUUUAUGAAAUGGUAGAUUACUGUGUUACGUCUGGGAUUUGCUUUAAGUGUUUCAUAAUGUUACGGUAUGUGUUUUCUAUACAGUAUUUGCAAAGAUAAAAAAAACAUAAACUAUUUACCAUGA